UGGCCACAGUCAAGUUUUUUCUACUUCGAUGAACAGCGGUCGAAUCCUCAGCGUGCAAUCUCACGUUGCAUACGGUUACGUUGGGGGGAAAGCAGCAGCGUUUCCAUUGCAAUGCCUAGGCUAUGAUGUUGAUUAGGUCGUUAAUACCGUUCAUUACUCGAAUCAUGCGGGGUAUGCCCGUGCUGGAGGUACCAAGACUACUGCAGCAGAGUUGAGGGAAAUCUUUGAGUCGAUGGAGAGGAAUGAACUAUUGAACCCAAGUCGGUUGUUGACGGGUGAGCACGGCUUUUUACAUCCCAAUUUGAAGGGGUUUGAACCUCAAUUCUCGCCUCCAGGCUAUAUACCCAACGCUGAAGCCCUUUCUGCCGUGAAAGGUUUGGCUGAGAAACUUACCAGCGAGAACAGCAAUCUCACAUAUCUUCUCGAUCCUGUAAUGGGCGACUCUGGCCGCCUAUACGUUGCAGCGGAUGUAGUCCCUGUAUACCGUGACAUGCUUCCUCUUUCAACCAUAAUAACACCCAACGGGUUCGAGGUCGAGACACUCACGAAUAUUAGCCUCACAUGCCUCGAUUCUCUCCUUCAAGCACUCACCAAGCUUCACGUUACACACCGUGUGCCACACGUUGUCAUUAGCUCUAUCUCAUUACAACCAUGGCUCGCGCGCAUGCUUCCACCCGAUCUUCGUCCAACAGAUGAAGCCGACCAUCUGCUUUGCAUAACCAGCUCCCGCCGAGACGAUGGUUCGGAAACACCAUUCCGAUCUACCAUACACGCACAAACUGUGCCUCUUCUCCCAGGUUAUUUCUCUGGCGUCGGAGAUCUAUUCUCCGCUCUCCUUCUCGGACAUUUCGAUCCAUCUACCCCUCCCUCUACUGCAUUACCGAGAGCCGCAGCUCAGGCACUUGCCAGGACGCAUGCCGUCCUUUCUCGUACGCUCGAGUUCUCGCGAAGUUUACCGGAAGAGGAGCAGUUGCCUUCCGACGAUGAAAAAGAUAAGCAAAACCCGCUGAGGAAGACAAGGCGGAUGAGGGGCAGAGAGUUGAGACUCGUUCAAAGUUUAGAUAUCCUUACUGAGAAAAGGGAUAGAGAAAUGGUAGAAUUGCCUGGGAUUUGGGACGUUAGUAUGAACUAA